GUGAGCUUGCGGAAGCACAAUUUUGUGCAAAUUUAAACUAGAAGAAAUAGAAAGAUUAACAAUCUAAUAACUGUUACAAGCUGAGGAAAAUCUUAAAUUGUUUUGUAUUGUUUGCUUUCUGUUAUCCUUCUGAAGGGUAGCAGUAUGUGGUGGAUGGUCAGAAUGCUGUAUGAGCUUGUUAGUUACUCCCUGCUUGACUUUGUGUUUUUCGUGAUAGUUGAUGGCGUCGCCAAAUCACCUUUGAAAGAAGCAAGGUCUGAAGAUGAGAAGAAAAUGAUAUGGUUUUAUGAAUCUGUUGUUUUGUCAGCUCUAUGCUUACUGAUUUAUACAAUGGACCACUGCCCCUAUGUUCUGAUCGCCUUGACCUUGGCUACUGCUGUCUAUACACAACUUUGCAGACAAGCUGAUUUCAGAAACUUGUGGCAUAGGUUCAAAGAACACUGGGAAGUACACGUGCACCAUGCAGAUAAUGUGAAGGCCAUCAACGAGAAGCGUAAACAGAUUGAAAUCUGGCGUAAGUUAAGCAUGCAGUGGCAGGCUCCAGUCAGUAAACCUGUUAUGUCAAGGCUGUCUGACUUUAUAUGCAGAAGGAAUGAGAAGAAAGCUCAACCACAGACUGUUGCAGCUCCAGUAUACUCAAUGAUGAAAAUGUUUAAGAAUUCACCGACAACUACUGGAACUACACCAAACACGCAGCCCACUCAGUCUAGUCCAGUUGUUCAGCAGCCCAGUCAAGCUUUCCCGCAGCCUGUACAGUCAUUUUCACAACCUGUGCCAGUCAGGCCCCAGCAAAGUUUGGCUUUUUCACAACCAGCUCAGGGUUUCACACAGUCAAACCAAGCUUAUUCACAACCGAGACAAAUGAGUCCGCCACCUAACCAGAAUUUUAGCAGUUCACAGCCAUUUCAUCAGAUGCCAUCAACACGUCAGUUUAGUCAAACCCCUGUGAAACCUGCCAACAAUUGGUUUACCAGAAAUGACCUCAGGCGGCGACCUUUAAGAAAUUAUGAACAAAGGGAAUUGCCUCAAAUCCCGUUCUCGAGUUCCCGAUCUAGCAUUAGAGAUAAAUUCAUGUCAGCCUUUGGAUAUUCGUCAGUCGAUAAGAAUAAACCGGCAGGUCUGAGAAAUGAGGGACAAAAUCUGUGCUUUUUGAACUGUGUAAUACAAUGUCUAGCGCACACACCAAAUUUAGUGGACAAACUUAUCCAUGAUGCGGAACAAGAACUAGACUGUUCUGAAACAGAGUCUGUAAUGAUUGAUGCUCUAAUCAGCCUCAUGUCUCAGUGUAAGAAAACAAAGCAAGAUGGACAGAACUCCGGUGUUUUGGAUGCUACGGUUUUACGUGAGGCAAUAUCCUUGUUGCCAAACAGACUGGUUGCUCCACCUACUGAAAGACAGAAUCAGCAAGAUGCAGCAGAGUUCUUUAUGUGGUUAAUGGAAACUUUGCAUAACAGCCUCAACAAGAAGAUAACAAAAGAGAAGAGGCCAAAGGGCAGUAACCUAGACACUUUAGAGUUUAUCUAUAAAGACUUGAGUGAAGAGAGAAUGCAGGGAUUAAAAACUGCUUGUAGAGAAGAGAUAAAUCAAGCUAAUGGCCUACAGAAUGAAACAUAUGCAGAACCUAUCCAGAGAUUAUCAGAUCUUGAAUGGUUGACAUACAAGCAGAGGAAUCAUUCCGUCAUUGAUGACAUGUUUUCCGGUCAGCUGGUAGAGGCUUACCAGUGUUUAGCCGGGAACCACCUCACUGUCAACAUGCAGACAUUUAAUAUACUACCAGUUCCCAUAGAAACCAUCAAUAAUUACUCUGGAGUGGUACCUUUAGAAGAAUGUUUUACAAGAUUUUGUAAUAUAGAGCAUUUAGUUGGACCGGAGGGGUUAGAAUGUGAAAUGUGCAAGAAAAACUUCAUUGGACAUAGUGGUAUACAGACACGUGGGAGAAAAUCAGGGCCUAGGACGCCUCAGUUGAAUUCUCAUAUAGGAAGUAUAGAUUCAGCUUUCCAGUCAGGUGUUCUGUCAUCCACAGCUAUGUCACCAAUAGCAGGUCAAACAGACGUUUUCAAUGAUAGUGGUUUUCAGGACAAUGUGUUCAGGACCUCGACACCUGUUGGUGAAAGAGCUAGAUUUAUCUUCCCAUCUCGUCAAGUUCAAGAAACAGAACGGCGUUGUUUGUUACGCCAGCUACCGGACUGUCUAGUUAUUCAGCCGUUACGGUUCUCAUACAACCAGUUCACACAGCAGUCACGUAAAAUCCAUACACCAAUCAGUAUACCACUGAAAGGUUUAGAUUUGACAAAUAUAGUAUAUGAUAAUGUUACCAACAGGGAAGAUCUCACAGCAGGGCAUAUGGUGCAGAAAUAUGACUUAUAUGCAGUGUGCUCACAUUUAGGUGCCGAAUCGACAAGCUAUGGCCAUUAUGUUUGCUAUUGCCUUGCAAAAAAUGGUGUCUGGUACAAGUUUGACGAUGAACUUGUCACUGAAGUGAAUAUGGAGUAUGAAAUAACGUCAAAGGAAAUCAGACAGAAUGCCUACAUGUUAUUUUAUAAAAGAGCAACAGAGAUCCCUGUUUAAAGCAAGAACAUUUUCUCUGUUCUAGCAACUUUGUUCAAAUUAAUUACUGUUGAGUCUGUAGUUGUCCAAAGAUAAAUAAUGAAAAUGUUUAAAUGUAGUAAAGACACAUAUUUUUAAACAAUUUAUUGAUACGCUAAGUAUUUCUGUUUAUGUUAAGAUAAAUGAGAAUGCAAAAUUUUCCGUAAAAUUACCUUUCAAAGAAAAAAAAAAAGAUAAAAAAAUUUGAUUCAGUGGAAAGAUAAGAAGUCAAGGAUGUGUUGUUAGCUCACGUGAGUUUUUCUGAUCACUCGAUGUCCGGCGUCUGUCUGUCUGUCGUCUGUCCGUCAACAUUUAGCUUGUGUAUGCGAUAGAGGCUGUAUUUUUUCACUGAUCUUCAUGAAAUUUGGUCAGAAUGAUUACCUUGAUGAAAUCUAGGCCGAGUUCGAAAAUGGGUCAUCUGGGAUCAAAAUUUAGGUCACUAGGUCAAAUCAAAGAAAAACCUUGUGUAUGCGAUAGAGGCUGUAUUUUUCAGUUAAUCUUCAUGAAUUUUGGUCAGAAUUAUUGCCUUGAUAAAAUCUAGGUAGAGUUUGGUUAUUGGUCAUCUGUGGUCAAAAACUAGGUCACUAGGUCAAAUCAAAGAAAAACCUUGUGUAUGCAAAAGAGGCUGUAUUUUUCAGUUGAUCUUUAUGAAAUUUGGUCAGAAUGAUUUCCUUGAUGAAAUCUAUGUCAAGGUUGAAUAUGGGUCAUCUGGGGUCAAAAACUAGGUCACUAGGUCAAAUAAAAGAAAUACUUGUGUUUGCUCCAAUUUUAAUGAUACUUGGUCAGAAUAUUUUUUUCCAUGCAAUCACUAGGUCUGUGUUUACACUGUUAUGGUGUAUUAUGGUGUGUUGCUCAGGUGAGCGACCUAGGGCCAUCUUGGCCCUCUUGUUUAUAGGACUCAGGCUUGAUAUUUAAAUGUACAUGUGAAAAUGUUUUAUUAAGCACUGAAGCUUUUGAACUGAGAUGACCCAUUGAACAGACUGUCAAACUUGUGUAUCGAGACUAGGCUUUUAUGCAUCCUAUAUUAUAGUAUUACAGAUUUAGUACAAACAAAACUUGACAUAAUUUUACUGAAGUGAAAAAAAAACCACCAAUUCUCAAUCAUUUUUGAAUUCUAUGUUUCAUUUAUUUGAUUAUCCAGUAUUGGCAGAAUAAAAUGCAAAACAAAAUGUUAAGCACUUUCAAUAAAACUGAUUUCAAUUAAUAAUGAAUUGAUCGAGUAUGAGAAUAAUUGAUAACAUAGUCCUAUUAAAUGUACCCAUAAAUGGCUAAAAUAUGAAAAAUCGAUAGUUCAGUAUUACUUAUUGACCAUGUAACCACAAAAUAAUGACAUCACAGUGCCUAAAGUGGCUGUAAUUAUAUUGUAACAUAAAAAUUUAGCAUGGUUAUCUCCCCAGAGCAAAAAGUGCUUGGGUAGAGCUAUAGUGAUCACCCUACUUCAGUUCCUCCACACAUUCCUUCAAAUGACAUCUGAUCUGAGUCUACUGGUCAGAAUUGUAACAAACUUGGUAAGUAGUGUCCUGGCAUGGUCCUUUAUCAAGUUUUUCAAAUGUUUCAGCUUGGCCCCUAUUUAAGUGCCACUAGGUCUGGUCCAUAACUCUAUCUUUGAAUGGAUUCUAAUAUUACAAGGCACAAAUUUAUCCCAUAUGAUGAUGGGUCAUGCGCAAUACCCAGACCCCCUAACCUAAAGAUCAAGGUUACCCUCUACGGUCAAAUGUCAUUAGGGUUUUUUUCCCUGGUUGGACCAUAACAUAUAGGUUAUUAAAAAUUUGACCAAACAUUUAUUACAUAUCAGUUACCACUUCCAUUCAGUUGAAGCUUUAUGGGGGCAUGCAUUUUUUUCAGUAGUAGUUUCUUGGGGGUUUGUUUUAUUUGUUCAGAUCAAUAUUGAUUCUUGAUUUUUAGCUCAUCUGAUUUUUUGAAAAAAAAUGAUGAGUUAUUGUCAUCACUUGAGCGGUUGUCGGUGUCGGCGUCGGCGUCUGCGUCGGCGUUGCCUGGUUAAGUUUUAUGUUUAGGUCAGCUUUUCUCCUAAACUAUCAAAGCUAUUGCUUUGAAACUUGGAAUACUUGUUCACCAUCAUAAGCUGACCCUGUACAGCAAGAAACAUAACUCCAUCCUGCUUUUUGCAAGAUUUAUGGCCCCUUUUGUACUUAGAAAAUAUCAGAUUUCUUGGUUAAGUUUUAUGUUUAGGUCAACUUUUCUCCUAAACUAUCAAAGCUAUUGCUUUGAAACUUAAAAUACUUGUUCACCAUCAUAAGCAGGCCCUGUACAUCAAGAAACAUAACUCCAUCUUGCUUUUUGCAAGAUUUAUUGCCCCUUUUGGACUUAGAAAAUCAGUUUUCUUGGUUAAGUUUUAUGUUUCUAAAGGUCAGCUUUUAUCCUAAACUAUCAAAGCUAUUGCUUUAAAACUUGCAACACUUGUUCACCAUCAUAAGUUGACCCUGUACAGCAAGAAACAUAACUCCAUCCUGCUUUUUGCAAGAUUUAUGGCCCCUUUUGGACUUAGAAAAUAUCAGAUUUCUUGGUUAAGUUUUAUGUUUAGGUCAACUUUUUCUCUUAAACUAUCAAAGCUAUUGCUUUGAAACUUGCAACACUUGUUGACCAUCAUAAGCUGACCCUGUACAGCAAGCAACAUAACUCCAUCCUGCUUUUUGCAAUAAUUAUUGCCCCUUUUGGACUUAGAAAAUCAUUUUCUUGGUUGAGUAUUAUGUUUAAGUCAACUUUUCUCAUAAACUAUCAAAGCUAUUGCUUUAAAACUUGCAACAGUUUUUCACCAUCAUAAGUGGACACUGAACAUCAAGAAACAUAACUCUAUCCUGCUUUUUGCAAGAAUGAUGGCCCUUUUUAGACUUAGAAAAUCAUGGGUAGGACAAUAUUUCUAUUACACAAAAAAAAUCAGAUGAGCAUCAGCACCCGCAAGGCGGUGCUCUUGUUUUAGUUAAGGGUUUUCUCGAUACAUGUUUUAAGAUAUUCUAUAAUAUACCUGUUUUACUCUUAAGCCUAAAACUCACUGAAUCAUUUUGCAUGUAAUUCAAAGUUAUCAACAACAGUAAGUACUUUCUAAAGUGUAAAAAAGUUCCUUUAAGUUUAGAAUUAGGAAGUUAAUAUCAAAUGUGAAGGAAAUUUAAGAAACAUAUUUACUGUGAUCAUUUUACUAGGUUCAUUCAAACUUGAACAUUUUUAUAGCAUGCAUAUUGACUGAUCUCAACAAAGUUGUAGUGUUAUAAAAUACUGGAAUACUGCAUGUGUUCAAAUUUUAUAUAUGCCUAUUGAAUAAUGUAGUGUGUUCAUUAAAAAAUUCUUAAUAUUCA